UUUCAAAGUGUAUAUUUAUUAUUUAAAUUUUAAAAUAAAACCUCAAACAAAUGAACAAGUGGAUAAUAAAGUGGUAUUAGCAAUUAGUUUUCGAAUUAAAUAUAAAGCUGUCGUAUGAUUUCAUGUAAUAUUUGGAUUGAUUCAUUCAAAGCUGUCGUAUUCGCCGCACAAUGGCUCACAAUUUAUCCAAUUUGAGGCAGUUCCUGCCAUGUAGAGAUAUCCAAAUCGAACUGCUCUAUAAUCUGUUUGCAUAUAAAGAUGAACCUCAAAUUGAAAGCGUCUACGUUUAUGGAGGCCCAAGCAGUGGAAAAUCAAUUGUGGUCACCUCGACACUCGAGCACUUGGAUAUCAAUCACGCCGUAGUGAACAUUAUUGAAUGUUACUCAUCGAAAAUUCUGUUCGAGACAAUUUUAAAUAAAAUAUCCGGUCAUCAGUUGGAUCCAAAGAAUCCUGUGCCUUACGCGAGAUGCGACAACAUGAUGGACUUUUUGUACAACGUGGAGAAAUGCAACGAGGAAAAAAAUCUUGACGGGUUUGUUUUGGUUUUGGACAAUGCCGAUGAGCUCAGAAAUAUGGAACAUAAUCUACUACCCUGUUUUUUGAGACUAAAACAACUCACUGGAAUUUCUUUAGUAGUUGUGAUGAUAUCUGAAAUUCUGUUUGAAAAAUAUUAUACGAAAGCAGGGGGAAUUGAGCCUUUAAAGAUACAUUUUCCACAAUAUAACAAAAACGAUUUGUUAAAAAUCAUUUCUUUAGAUUUUGAGGAUUCUAAAACGUUUAUUUGCCAACACUUUAACAUGGUUUUGGAUUUUGAUUUAAACUUUUAUAAAAACUACCUUAACCUCUUCUUGUCGACUUUUUAUAGAGCUUGUAAAGACUUGUCUGAACUGCGGUACAUGUCUCGAAUCAAUUUUGUAAAAUACUGUGAACCUGUUUUCAAAAAGGAACUUGCCAUAGAAGACUCUAUGGGCUUGUGGAGAAAUAUAUCACCCGUGUUAAAACAGUCGCUAGAAAUGCUCUACUUAAGAAUCGACACAACUAAACCAGCUUCUUCUGUCAAAGAAAAAUCCAUGCCAACAUUAGAAUUACCGUUUUAUGCUAAAUACCUGCUUAUAGCAGCCUAUCUGGCUAGCUACAAUCCUGCCAAAGACGAUAAGAGACUUUUCAUGAAAUAUCAUGGUAAACAGAGGAAGAAGUUGAAAGAUAUCAGAUUGAAAAGCAAAGUUAGCGAACAAUUAAACACUCAACUGGGCCCUAAGCCGUUCGUUUUCGACAGAUUGUUGGCCAUUUUCUAUUCCAUCCUGGACGAGAAAGAUAAUAAAAUGGGAUUUAACAACAACCUGUUGGUGCAGAUUUCCAGUUUGAUGGAAUUAAGGUUAUUGUCUUCGGUGUCAGACAGCUGUGUGUUGGACGGUCAGAAAUAUAAGUGUAACGUUAGUUUUGAAUUUAUUCAAACCGUUUGUAGGUCAGUAGCGUUUGAGAUUAAAAAGUAUCUCAGCGAUUUUAGCCAUAUGUGAUGAAACAAACGUUAUUUAUUUUGUCAGCCAUUUUUUCUAUUUAAUUGUGUUUAAUAAAAAUAAAAUU